AUGAAGGAGAAGGCAAUCGAAUCUUCCGAGCCUGCGUCUAUCGCUGCACAGUCUCUUACACUUCAAGCCGAGUAUUUGGCAAAGCUACAGGCGAAAUCUUUCCCCAAGCUCUCUACGGUCGAACUUGAUGACAGACGAAUACCUGAGAAUGCGCUUGUCGACACUUCAGCAUGGUCAGCUCCCCGGUCCCUCGAUCAACUACCAGAUUUCAUCGCGAAAAUGGUCCCAACCCUCAAAACCCGCCUAGCUCAAAAAUCAAAAGACAACGGCGCACCAACCCUCCUCUUCCUCACCGGUGCCGCUCUACGCGUCGUCGACGCCGUUAGAGUCUUAAAGUCAAAGACAUUACGUGGCGAGAAGGGCGGAGAUGUGGCGAAGUUGUUUGCAAGGCAUUUUAAGCUUGAGGAACAUGUUGCGUAUCUUAAGCGAGCUAAAAUUGGAUCUGCCGUGGGCACUCCUGGGCGAAUAGGAAAGUUACUUUGUGACACUGACGCACUGUCAACAUCCGCCUUAACCCACAUCAUCCUCGACGUAACUUACAAAGACGCCAAACAACGCAGUAUGUUCGACAUCCCCGAAACGCGAGAUGAAGUCUUCAGAACUGUCCUCGGUGCUGAUUCUGUACGGCAGGGUAUCCAGCGGGAUAAGAUUCAGAUCGUUCUCUUUUAG